AUGGGUUGGCGAUUAGCAUGGAAAGACCCUGAUGGUCCAGCUAACCAUCUCGAAUGGGCUCCACCAGUUCGUGUGAUAGCUGUUGUAACUCUCCUCACGUCAACACUAGAUCUUAUGGCAGAUUUCCUUGUUUGCUCGAGAAUUGCCGAGUUUCUCAGUAACUUUCAAAGCCAAACAGCGAUCUAUGCAGCGUAUGGCUAUUUCUUCUUCACUGCGUUAUCAGUUUUUGUUUAUGUUUUCGAGAUGAUCGACGUGUGUAAGACGUUGAAGCAUGACGAAGAGAACAUAUUCUAUGCUCGUUUGGCGAAAAGUCUCGUCUUGGCAUUAGAAGAGGUGCCUUGCCCUUCGUUUCUGAACAUUCUUUUCACGAACGAACCCCGUUUGUCACUGGCUAAUCCCGUCUUCUUCUCAUCGUGUAUCAAGCUAGUAGCUCUUUCCUGGGGUAUCAUAAAAUUCACGAAGCUACGCUUCUUCUGGCCAUGUCUUCCACUUAACCCGAAGCAUGAUACCAGGGAAAACGUUCGACGUUGUUUCACCUUCACCUUAUAUCGAUGCUGCAUGAUAUUUGUGAAUAUCUGUCAUAUACUAGCUAUAUUCUUGGUCAUCAAGAAUAUUAUAGCUAGUAAGGAUGGUGGUAGACCUAUCGUUGUGCGCGAAUAA